AAGAGAGCUAAAACCCCAGCUGUACAACAAACGACACAGAAAACCUACCACCAGAAGAAACCAACCAUCAGUAACAAGAAGAAUAUCAGUAAAAAGAUUCAAAAUUUAGGGACCGGAAUAAGAAAAUACCUAACAAGGAAGGAGUGAGAGAUGAGGAAGAUCCCAAAACGCACGAUUGGUCUUGGCUUCAUCUUGGGGGUCCCUGUACCUGUCGCUGUCUCCUUCUCCGUUUCAGUCUGGGCCAUCAUUGAACAAAGAUCCCUGUUUUUGCUAUAACUUCAAAUUCGACCAUCAGAAGAAGCUCCAAGAACUGGAAGAAGCCAUCAGGAACCAAAGUUGCAGAGAACGCUGCGAAGCUAAUGCGAGUUUAUGACGUGGCAUAACGUUAUUCGUUCAAGCUGAUUUGUCGCGUCCACUGCUCUUCCGAGAAAUAAAACGACGUCGUUUGAGACCCGAAACCAAACUACUGCUAUAAUGGUGUAGCUCUGUGAAGCUUCAUGCACUUUCAAUGGCUAUCUCUCCCUUAAAUCUUUACUCUCUUAAUUGCGGCAAAAGAUCUCUCUCCGUUUUCAAUCCAGAAACGCCGUGUAUUGCCACAAGAACUGAUUCCCAAUUCAAAUUCCAAUUCCCUCUAAAUUCUUCUUGCAGAAUCAGAUAUCGCGGCUUUAAAUUCCCCUGUAAAGCAUUAGGUAUCCAGCUGGAUGAACCACAGGAAAACAGAGAUACCAGGAAUGUGAAAUUAUUGGAAAAUUUUCAAAAUUUUAUUAGUUUCAUAGGCUCCCUUUUGCCCGGCGGCAGUUGGUGGAGAUUGUGUGAUUCUAAGGAAGAAGAGGGUGGCGCAGGGAAUCCGGUUACAGUGAGGGAUGCUCUUCUUCGAAUGUGGGAAUUGCUUGGAAAUGACCAGUGGAUUAUGUAUGGGGCAUUUGCUUCGUUAAUUACUGCUGCUGUUUCAGAGAUAACAAUGCCAAGUAUUUUGGCUGCUUCUGUCUUUUCUGCACAGAAUGGUGAGGCCAUGGCGUUCUCUAGGAAUGCACAUUUGUUGGCGAUGUUGUGCUUGACUUCAGGAAUAAGCAGUGGUUUGCGAAGUGGAUGUUUUGCAAUUGCAAAUAUGAUUCUGGUUAAUCGUCUCAGAGAAACUUUAUAUUCAGCUCUUAUUUUUCAGGAUAUAUCCUUUUUUGAUACAGAAGAAGUUGGUGGCUUGACAAGCAGGCUAGGGUCAGAUUGUCAACGACUUUCACAUGUUAUUGGAAAUAAUAUCCAUUUGAUAGUACGCAAUGCCCUUCAGGGGACAGGUGCUUUGAUCAAUUUACUGUGUUUAUCUUGGCCUCUUGCAUUGUCAUCACUUGUCAUAUGCUCUGUUCUGGCUAUUGUCUUUCGUAUUUUUGCCAGGUAUCAGAAGAUAGCUGCCAAAUUGAGUCAGGAUGCCACUGCUUGUGCCAAUGAGAUUGCAGAAGAGACGCUCUGCUUGAUAAGAACUGUCAGGGUUUAUGGAACUGAGAGAAAAGAACUUGGAAGGUACAAGCAUUGGUUGGAGAAGUUAGCUUUUAUUAGUUUUCGAGAAAGUGUGGUUUAUGGAUUCUGGAAUAUGAGCUUUCACACCCUUUAUCGUUCAACUCAGGUUUUAGCAGUGUUGUUAGGAGGAAUGUCAAUUACGACAGGUCGUGUAUCAACUGAACAACUUACAAAAUACAUAUUAUACUGUGAGUGGCUAAUUUAUGCAACUUGGAGGGUGGUGGACAACAGCUCAUCAUUGCUGCAGGCCAUUGGAGCAAGUGAAAAAGUUUUCCAGUUAAUACAGCUCUCACCCAGCAACCAAUUCCUGUUCAACGGCAUGAAAUUGCAAAGGCUAAUGGGACAAAUCCAUUUUGUAGAUGUAUCUUUUCACUAUCCUUCAAGGCCAAAAGUACCCAUUCUAGAACACUUGCACCUUUCUAUAGAAGCAAAUGAAGUGGCUGCACUGGUUGGACUCAGUGGCAGUGGAAAAACCACGCUAGUUAAUCUCUUGCUUCGUCUUUAUGAACCAAUUAAUGGUCAGAUUUAUGUCGAUGGUUUUCCUCUGAGAGAAUUGGAUAUGAGGUGGCUCAAAGAAAACAUAGGAUAUGUUGGACAGGAGCCAGAGCUCUUCCACGCUGAUGUCAAGUCAAACAUUACAUAUGGAUGCCAUCGAGACAUUAAGCAGGAAGACAUAGAAUGUGCUGCAAAGCUAGCCCAUGCUCAUCAAUUCAUUUUAUCACUUCCUGAUGGUUAUGGAACCCUUAUUGAUGAUGACUUGCUAAGUGGUGGACAGAAGCAGCGAAUUGCUAUUGCAAGAGCCAUUCUUAGGAACCCUGUGAUUCUGAUUUUUGAUGAAGCUACAAGUGCUCUGGAUCCAGAAAGUGAACACUAUUUCAAGGAGGUUCUUCAAGCGUUCAAAAAUGAGGACAAGGAAAAGAGAACUAUCAUUGUCGUCGCACAUAGGCUUUCUACCAUAAAAGCUGCUGAUAGGAUCAUUGUAAUGGAUGGGGGCCGAAUUGUGGAGAUGGGUAACCACAGAGAACUUCUACUCAAAGAUGGAUUGUAUUCACAGUUAAUCAAACAAGAAUCAGAAUUUUUGGACUAGCCAAAUAACGCAGAACUCAGAAUUGGUGAACACUGUAUUGAUUUCAUCUAAGAUGCUUUUGGUCAAGUGGAAAUAUCAGUUUUGCGAUCUUUAACAUGAAACAUGAAAACUACAAAAUGGAUUACAACAAAAUCAACAAACAACAAUACCAGUUUACCAGGCAGUGGAAAAAGGAGAAUGGGUGGGUAAAAGGGGUCCUAGAUAGAAAGUCAGAAAGGCAAUAAUCAAAGUUGCUCAAGGAGCUUGCUGGUGAGGAAGACUUUUUACUUCCUCAUUUGUUCCUUUCAUUGCUUUCUUGUAUCUCCCCUCCAUAUUACCAGAUGGCUUAUCUACCAAGAAUAUAUAUUUUAUAAUAAAUUAGAAAAGUAUAAAUCUCUGCAUAAA